CUCACAAAUUUCUACAGAUGGACAGUGGAGAACAUUUUAACUGGUUGCAUCAUGGUCUGGUGUGGAGGGGCCACUGAACAAGAUCAGAAAAAGCUGCAGAAAGUUGAAACACAGCCAGCUCCAUCAUGGGCACUAGCCUUCCCAGCAUCCGGGACAUCUCCUAAAGGCGAUGCUUCAAAAAAGCAGCAUUCUUCAUUAAGGACCCUCAUUACGCAAGAUAUGCUUUCUUGUUGCUACCAUCAAAGAGGAGGUACAGGAAUCUGAAGAUGCACACAAUGUUUCAGGAACAGCUUCUUCCCAAAGUACAUGAAUCACAAAAACUUGAUAUGUAAGUUCACCAAGUAGUUAAGAAGAUAACUGACAUGUUUGCAUUAUUGUGAGAAUAGGAUGGUAUUGUUACAGCUGCAUAUGCUAUUAGUGAAGUCACACCUGAAAAGAUUGUGCACAGUUUUGAUACCCUUGUGUGAAAAAGGAUAUUGUAGAUCUGGAGGCAAUCCAGAGGUGAUUCAUUGGGGAUGAGAAAGUUUUUCUAUCAAGAGAGUCUGGGUAGUUUGAGUAUUCCAUGAAGUUAGAAGAAUGAGGGGUGACCUUAUUCAAACAUACAAGUUCCUAAUGGGUGGGGCUUGAUAAGGUAGAUGUUGAGAUGGUUUCACUAGUGGGGGAGUCACAAGCAAUGAGACUUGGCUACAAAAUAAGGACCAAAUCAUUUAAAACUGAGCUGCUUAGAAUUUUUUCCUGAGUGAGAGAAAUCUCUAGAAACCUCUGCCCCUGAGGGUGGUGGUACCAGAUCAGUAGAUAUAUGUAUGAUGGAGAUAAAUAGUUGAACAGUGACGGUAUGUGGGAAGCUGGUAUUGAAGAGGAGAUGAGAUCCGCACAAACCAGCCACAAUUGUACUUAUUAGUGGGACAGGCUUAAAGGACUUAACGCUACUAUAUGUUUAUGUCUUAAAGGGUGGUGUAAAAUUUCUGAACAAUUUGCCCCAGACCUUUUAGUUAUGGUGCAGUCAGAGAAUGGAGUGAGGAGUAAGUGGAACACAGAUGAUGGAAGCAACACAUAUCAAAGUUGCUGGUGAACGCAGCAGGCCAGGCAGCAUCUGUAGGAAGAGGUGCAGUCGACGUUUCAGGCCAAGACCCUUCGUCAGGACUAACUGAAGGAAGAACUGCCCAUGGGACGGAGUGAUUGGUUGACAGUUGUAUCACGGCAGCUGACAUGCAGAAAAGUGACUGAGUUCAGGGUGUUGUAAAACAUCUGUAACAAAGAAAACAUUUGUUUCUCAAAGUCUCCAAUCAUGGGUGACAUGAAGACCCCAGAUUUUGAUGAUCUUCUAGCAGCUUUUGACAUUCCUGAUCCGGACCUCGAUGCCAAAGAGGCUAUUCAGUCAAGCAGUGAGGAAUCAGAAGGUCAUUUGAAGCAGCCAGGGAUGGGUAUAGAUGAGUUGUCCAUGCAUCACACCAUUCCAGAUGUCCCGGUUGUGAGUGUCAUUGUUAAGAACACCAAUCGGCAAGAAUCCUUUGAAUCUAUUACUGAGAAGGAUAGCCAUCAGCUUGGACAGAAUCUGCUUCAGAAUGGGUUUCGAAAUGCUGAUAUUACCUCUGAUUCCUCUGCCCUCAUCAAUGGAGAUAGUUCCAGAAACUACCCAAGUAAAUUUGACAUGCCAAGGACAGAAGCCCUACCAACAUUCAGUCAGUUUAGUCCUAUUUCUAGCCCAGAGCCAGAAGAAGCCAUGCAAAAUGCUGGAAUUGUGGAUAAUAUUAAAUCAGAUAAGGGACCUUACCUUGGUUCUGUAGGCUUGUAUAUUUCUACAGAGAAUUCACUGAUGAACAAUACAAGAGAACAGCCUGAACAAGUUGUGACAGAGCUGAGUAUGUUUGAUGAAUACUCCAAAAAACGAGAGAGAGCGAAUGAAAUUAGAAACUGUAAAAUGAACGAGGUGGCUUUAGGACAAAAGGUAAAUUCAACAAAUGCAUCUGAAGAAGCAGAGCGAGAGAACAAGGACUUUGACAAAAAAGGCAGUUUAUUUGACAACUUGGAGUCUUCAUGUGACCUGCAUAAUAAUAUUUCAGAAGAGCCAAAGACCUGCAGUGUUCCAGAAUUGAGCUUGUGCUCUUCUGUUCCACCACGCCAGCGACUGAAGUCAGCUCAUUCAAAACUGACCUCGUGUUUAGCAGCAUUAGUAGCUCUUAAUGCCAAAAAAACAUCAGAGUUCCCAAAGGAGGAGCACAAGGAUAAUUCUAAAGAAUCUUUGUUGGGUUUGAGGGAUAGUGUCAGAAGCAGCCCCAAAAUGGCAAAGUCACCAAAGAGUCCAAGAAGUCCUAUGGAAGGAGUAAAGAAAAUGACAAACAAGCAGUCUGAUAGCCCAAGAAGUGUAUCCAGUGACUACAGUGGCAAAGGGUCCCCUUAUGUUGCAACAGGUUCACCGCCAGCCAUCCCAAAAGUAAGGAUUAAAACCAUUAAAACAUCUUCUGGUGAAAUUACCAGGACCGUGACCCGGGUAAUGCCAGAUUCUGAACAUAGCGAGUCAAGGAGUUCGCCUGAACAGUCGGUGACUGAAAUGGCCUUAGCUGAGGAAUUGAACUUGAAGUCAAGCCCUGUGACCAGUGCACCAUCUCAAACCCCUGCUUCAUUAACAACGGAAAUUGUAAAGAAGCCAUUGUCAGCUAAUAAUAUGGUGAAUGCAGUCAGCUCAUUGAAUAAUGUAUCUGUUAAAGGGACUGCUGCCCAAAUAUUUGACGAAAACAUAAAUGCCAACAGCAGCUUGAAAGGUAUAGGUGUAACAAGCAUAUCAGCUGAGAGUGCAAGCAGUGCCAUAAUGAAGGCAGCUAGUGUAGUGCAGCUACAGAAACAGAUGGGGAUAAAGCAAUCCUCAAAUAUCUCCAGCACAAAUCUCCUGCCUAAAGCUGUUCAUUUGGCAAGCCUCAACUUGGUUCCUCACAGUGUUGCUGCCACUGCUACUGCCAGAUCCACUACUUUGCGACAGAGCCAGCAAACGAUUGCCACUCAGGUGGUAACAGUGCCUCUGGUACAGCAGAUCAAGAACGUGGUUCCACAAAAUAAUGAAUCUCCUGUUUCUACUCAGAACAUUGUAGUUGAAGCUUUUAACAAACUAUUAAAUGGCACCAAUCCUGUGCCAAUUUAUGCUCCAAACCUGAAGCCACCUGCAAACAGUAAUGUAUCUAUGCCAGCUCGUGGUUAUCGCUGCUUAGAAUGUGGAGAUGCAUUUGCUCUAGAAAAGAGUUUAUCACAGCAUUAUGAACGUCGAAGUGUGCAUAUUGAGAUGAUGUGCAGCCAUUGUUCCAAGGUCAUGGUCUUCUUUAACAAAUGUAGUUUGCUGUUGCAUGCACGGGAACACAAGGGUAAAGGUGCUGUUAUGCAGUGCUCUCAGUUGCAAAUGAAGCCUAUCCCUUCGGACCAAAUGUUUUCAACAACCCCAGUGACCUCUUCGGUGCUGUCAGGUACUCUUGCCCAGGAUGAGACCUCUGCUGUUGGCCAGGAUAAUGGAAAUUUGACAGUAAUUGGAAUGAGUAGCCCAGCUUUCAGUUAUCCUGUAAUGCCUCUGCACUGUGAUUCAUUUAGAUUAAUACGUCAUGGAUUAAAAUGUCUAGAAUGCUAUCAACAAUUCCAGGAUUAUGCAAGUCUUGCAGGUCAUUACCAGCGGUUAACAGAUGAUGCUGAAACGCUGACAUGUCGGGUCUGCCAGAUGAUGCUACCCAAUAAAUGCAGUUAUGCUGCUCAUCUGCGUAUUCAUGCACACAAGUCCCCUUAUUGCUGUCCGGAAUGUGGUGCAGUAUGUCGUUCAGCUUAUUUCCAAACUCACGUCAAGGAGAACUGCCUACACUAUGCACGGACAGUAGCAUAUAGAUGUAUGCAUUGUGGGGGCAUCUUUAGUGAUCUGAACACAAUCAAGACUCACAUUCAAGUUUCGCACACUGAAUCUUUUCAUAAAUGCACAAUUUGUCCAAUGGCCUUCAAGUCAGCCCAAAGCGUCAACUCUCAUUACAGCUCUCAGCAUCCGUUAGUUAAGCAUCCACCAUCUGAGGUUAUCUUCAAGUGCUCAAUGUGUGAAACUGUUUUCAACCAGCAAGCCCCACUACACAAGCACUUUGAGCAGCACAAAAGGAAGUUGAGAAUCUGUGUUUACGAGUGUCCUGUGUGCAAACUGGUCUACAUGCACAAACAGUUGAUGAUGGAACACUUCAAGGAUGUUCACAACAUUGCAGAAACCACUGAAAAGUCUCCAGACUCCGGGUCUCCAUCUACGGGCAAGUCAUGUGGCCAGACAGCAGAAGCUUCCACGGUGCACAUAGCUUCUAAUGGUUUAAACAAUGGUAAAAAGGAUGAGACUACCAUGCUAACGGCCGAGAGGCGGCCAAAAGGGAAGAAGCUUGGCUGGACUUGCAAUGAAUGUCUACAGUGGUUCUCAGAACGAGAGCUCUAUGUAUCCCACAUGAAGCGAAGUCAUGGAAAGUCAAUGAAGAGAUAUCCAUGCCGACAGUGUGAUCGUUCUUUCAACUCCUCACAUAGUCUGCGUAGACAUGUCAGAGUGAAUCAUGAUGGCGUCAAGAGAACCUAUAUCUGUUGGUACUGCACAGAUGAAAAGCACUUUUUUGCCAAGCGUUUCAUGCUUGUAAAACAUAUCAACCUAAUGCAUGGCAUCAGAAACCCAGACUUCAGCCAAAUGUCCAAAGCUGUUCACACAAGCUCAGAUGCCAAUGUGGAGGACUUACCUGGCAAGCGGGUGGCAAGUGACUCUGAAGCAGCUGAGCAGCCCAGCUCUAACACCAUAGCAUCGCUUCCCAAGAAACUGAAAGUUGCAGUGUUCAAACAGUACAGAUGUUCCAUAUGUGGUUAUAUGACCAAGAGCAAAGCUGAUUUCCAGGAACACAUACCUCAGCACAAGACUGAUGGUUCAACCUUCCAGUGCUCGCAGUGUGGUCUCUGUUAUACAUCGGCACUCUCCCUAAACAGGCACCUCUACAUUGUCCACAAGUUCAAAGAACCUGAAAAGCCUCAAGCAAAUGUGGUUCGUGAAAAUGGGCAAGAUGAACAUAAUGGGGAGUCAAACACUACGUCAGAGGAAGAUGUAGAUCUCCAGUGCCAAGUUUGUAGAGAUGUUUUUGACAGUAAAACAGCAUUACGUUCUCAUGUUCGGACUCAUGGGAUGAGGUUUAUAUUAUCUAAGCAGAACGGAGGAUCGGAGCAGUGAUUCCAUCAGCCUGAAGGAGAAAUUUUUCAAAUCUCCAAAUCUCCUUCAACAUGGUCUGCAGUGAUAAACCUGGUUCAUAGAGACAUAACACAGCAGCAUACAAACAUCUAAGGGAAAUUGGUCCUCAUUCAAAGCAGAACAGUAAGAUUCUUCCUGCCCUUUCAAAGGUUCAUGGUGGUGAAGCAGGAGUUCCUUCUGGAUCCCUCUUUCUGUUUUUUCUUUUACUUGCUAGGUUUUGUACAUUUGUACAACCCAAUGCACAAUAGAACUUUACAGGAAAGCAAACUGAGUAUGCUCUCUUCAUCCUCCUGUCAGUGCCCUCAGACUUUGUGUCUUGCUAUGAUUUAUGUGACUUUGCAUGUUUGUGUCAAGCCCAGCUUUCAGUUCAAACUUUCCACUGGCUUGAGAAACUCACGGUCCAUGAUGUCACAAAAUGCAAGCACACCCGCUGCCUCUGUACUGGACAAUAUUAGAUCAGAUUUGGGGUUAGAAGUCCAGUAUCUUUGUCUCGGAAAGCUAAUUUAGUUGCUCAAAGUGAAUAGUUCCCUUUUUUAAAAAAAAUCUGGUUUGAUCUGAAUGAGAUAAGAAUUCACAAUGUGAUGUGGAUAAUUCUAAAUAUCGUCACUCUCGUCCCUUAUAUAGAAGUAAGUAGAAAGUUUACACUGUGAUGAAAUGUCUGCAAACAUUGGCAGUGCCCUUCUCAUUGUUUGUUGUGCCAUUAUACCUUUGAGAUUGUUUUCAUUUUAUUUUGUGCCUUGUUAUUGAUUAAUGUCCUUCUUGCUUGGCUGCUAACAAAGCGCCCAAGUAUUUUCAGCACGUGCCUUCAGCUGACUGUUACAGUUGAAUCUUUUAUGAACAGAGUAAUAGUCAAAAUGCACUGCGUCAAAUAAUUUUUUUAGGUUUUCAGUAUCUGCAGAAUCUCUUCUGUUUGUGUCAGACUAUUGCUUUUUGCAAAAUUUAUUUUAUAAUCACAGCCCAACACCUCCAUUCCCCUUUUCCUUAUUCCAGCACAAAAAGUACUGCAAACUCAUGCAGAACCAUUGCUUAAAAAAUGACUUUUCUUUAUUUGUACUGUAAUCUGAGGUUGGUUCAGGUAAAUCUCAUAGCUGUGGGAUAUAAGACUUUGUCCCUUUUAAGACCCCUGCCUUAAGGUACAGGACCCCAGAGGUGAUCUUAUUAUCACUUGUGUGGUGACUCCCUCUCAGUUAUGAGGCCUCUAUGCACACUGAUAAUUCUGUGAAAACCUUGUGACAUUGCUUCCAGUUACAUUUAACCACAUUUUUUUUCUGUUGCACUGCCUCCCAGUUGGAAGAACGCCCACAAAAUCAUGGACUAACAGCACAAAGACAGGCUCUUUUGCCUUCAUUUGGUUCUGGUGAAUUAUUUUAACCACACAAUAGCUGUUGUAAUCCCAGUCUAUUCCCUUCCAAGCACCUCUCUUAAUUUCUUUUCCAUAAGAAUUUAUAACCUGUGGCAGAGCACUCCACAUUUUAAUGAACACCUUUGCUUGAAACAGACAAAAAUCUUCUCUCACUUCUUCAAUUCUACAGAGAAGUGGGGGGGGGGGCGGGGCGGGGACGACCAACUAUUGAACAAGUUAGCCAGGGCACUUAGCUGCACCUGGUGAAAGGAUGUUUUGAGCCAUUGCAUUUAUUCCUCUUUAAUUUGGAAUUUGGAAGACCUGCCUGUCCUCAAACUUGCUAGGUAAUUCAAAGCACUGCCUAUGGUUGGGAGGGACAGAUGGUAGAGGGGUAGAAACCACACCAUGCUGUAUGGCACAUCAAGGCACAAUUCCUUUAAAAAAAAGACCAGUUAACUUGAACAAAGAUAGUGUAUUCAGGUGGUUUUCGGGGGGAAAAAAGAGCUAAAACUAGAGGAGGAAACCAUAGAAAAGCCAGUUUUUAAAAAAUCAUAGCUUUGAGACAAAACAUACUGUUUGUUGAAAUUGGAAUUACCUGCCUGGUAUUGUUCAUAGUUUAUCGAGGAAACGGAUUUUUAAUGGUUUCUGCUCUGAAAGCGGGAGACCUCCUUGCAACACCUCACAUCAUGCAGGAGGAAUCACCAUAAAGUAAUAAGUCACCCAAUUAUAGUUGCUAUUUUAUUUUUAUAUUGUUUUAUUCAUAUUUAUGGCUAUUAGCAGUGUUACCAGCCUUUUAAUACUUCGCUCCUGUAAUUUAAACUGGGACUUCUGGUAGGCUUGCCAUUCUGGUCUGGAGGAGGUUUAUCUGCUGAGUGCUUUGAUUAUUUUAUUACAUUGUGUGCCUCAGACGUAGGUUUUUGUAUUAAGCCAAUCAGAAUUUGUUUGGAAUUUGAAUGUUCUCUCCUGAGAUGACACUUUGAGAUUGAUUCAAGUGGACCAGUGAUCUUAUGAAUCACCAAUUUCUUGUUAAGAUGCAAGAUGGAAAUUCAGUUUUCCAAGGACCAGAUACCAGCAGCAUUUCAAACGGACAACCCAGAAAGAGAUUUUCCAUGUCUUCAAAGAGCAAACUGAUAUAAAAUUAACAAUUGCACAUCAUCCUUUUUAAAUAUGAGAGAAAUUACUAAAAUCAUGGUGCAGAUUUUUUUUAAAUUAUUAAAUUGAAAAUUGUGCUAUUAAGUUAGAAUUUCAACCAGUUCUUGUAAUUUGGAAGAAAUCAAAAUCUGUUUGAUAUAUUCCCAAAUACUGUAAGUAAAGUGAAAGUGUCUGACUGGUGCUGGUUACCAGAGACUAGUGUGGGUUACUGGAAUCAUGUAACAAAGCCAAACAGCUGAUGGCCAUUGGACCAUUCCUUUUAGUUUAAUCUUUGCAACUAAUAUUUCAAGAUGUAGAGAGGUUUGGUAACUCAGUUGAGUUAUUCCUGCUAAGUGUAAAUUGUGAACUGAAGCAUGGUAUUCAGACAAAUGCAAGGUAGGUUGGGCCUUGUUCAGGUAUCCAAAUAACCCCUCAAACAGGAUGACCAAAAUAGCCCUUUUAAUUCCCACUCCUUUUUCUCCCAUCCAAAGUAGGCCUUGCUUGUCUGGAAAGUUGGGGGGGGGUGUGGGGGGGGGAGGUGUUUUCCUGUUAGACUUGGUUGUGCAUUGGUUUGUUUGUUUUCAUCCAUCUUUUGUGCCCAUUUAAAGUGGGGAUUGUAAGAGAAUGGCUAAUGACUUCACCUUCCUUGCUGUAAAUCACUUCAGAGCACAGCCAUUUAAUGGAAGCAUCCUCAGCUUCUCUCACCCCUACUGGAAAGAGUGAUACAUUCCUUUUGUCCACUCAUUCCUAUUAAGCAGAUGUUACAGAAUGUAUGAGAUUGAAUUGGAGUCUAUGCCAAUAUUUUCUUGGUAAAUGGGCAGUGCCAUUAUACAAGGAUGUUCAUUAUUGGGCUUAUGCAUUGCCAUUCCCUCUUGUACCAUUGUGAAUGGCAUUAAAGUAAUUUACAGGAGGACCAAAUAAAGUAUUUUAAAAGUUUUUUUAAGACUUGUGUAAUUCCCUGCAUAAAAGACCACUAUACUGUAUCUUAAGUUUUAUAAAAUUAAUUCCUUUAAAGAAUAAUGUAUCUCCCAUAUUACUCAAUUUUAUAAAUUACUUUGGAGAUUUAUGUUUAAUUGUAGUCAUAUUGACUAAAGUUUUCACAUACUUUCUAUUUAAGUGCUGUACUACCUUACACUGUCAUAUUCAUAUGAUCUGUGUUAUAUUACACUUAAAGGGGACAUUCCAGACUCCAACAAAACUCUUGAGACAUGAAUACUCCCCUCCUACUGCCCAGGUUUUCCUGCCGAAUAGCAUCUCCAGUGGUGCCCUACCUGGUCCAAAGAGGUUGUUAGCUUGUGUUUACUGUGUAGAGAUAUAUUUAGUAAACUUGUAUCAAUUCAAAGAGCUUGAUAUUCAGAAUAUUAAUUGGAAUCUGGAGUUUGCCAUUUAAUAUUUUUGAGCCAGAAUUCAGCUCUGUUAUUUACUGAUAAACAGUCAAAAUAAUUUAAAAUAUUUAUCUAGAAUUCAGCUUUGUUCACUUCUUAUUUCAGUGUCUUAAUACAACAUAUACAAACAUUUGUACUUUUGAUAAAUGUGUAUAGUAGCGUGUAGACAGACGUUUUGCAAGGUAUCCCAAUAUAGUUUGCUAAAGGUAGACCUACAUGUUAUCAGGGAUUUUCCCCACCCCAAGCCAUCACCCUUCUAUUUAAUCUGCAUUGGCCUCUGUGCCUUCUUAUUAUAUUUACUUAAAAAUAUUUCAAAUAAAAGCAACAAUGAAUUUAACAGCCUGUCCUACAAUUAUCUCUAUAUUGCUGUAAUCUGUCCUCUGUAAAUAUUUAGUAAUAUUCAGCAAUUAUCCUAUGGCAGUACUCAGUAUGUCAGAGGAUGCACUGUUUUAUAAGGCUAAGAGCAUUUCACCAAAUAAAACAGAAUAUUAUUCUUCUGUAAAAUGUGUCCCCUUAAUGCUGCAAAGGCUAUUAAUCUCUGAGAUAAAUAUUUAUUUUGGGCAGUGCACACUACUGGAAUAGUAGGGAAAGAACUGUAGGCAAUGUAGGCCACAGUUGCUGAUAAUUGGCUACAAACUAUUUUUCUCCCUGCAGCUUUCAGACUUAAUUAACCCCACUACAAUUUAUUUAGUCAUAAUAUGCUUUAACUAGCAAAAUAUUUGUCUGAGAUGCUUCAUUAGGUCUGUAGAAUAGCUUUGAUUAAUUCAAAUGUUCUGCUGGUGCAAAGGUCCAGUCAUUCAUUUCUGCAUACCUCAAGCCUUGGCAGCUUGUGUCGUUCCCACUUUCACUUGCUACAGCCUCCCAUCAGUGACUGAACAGCAUCAUAACCUCAGCAAUUUGUUAUCCAAACUCUGCAUCUCUUUCCAUUUUAGGCAUUCAUUUCAACCAGUCUUUUGACCACACUUGUUUAUCAUAAGUUCUAAUAUCUCUUGUAAUCCUGCUUACUGCUACUAUUGUAGUUCUGUUGGAAAGUUUUACCACAGGAAACUAAAUGUAAAU